AUGAUACUGUAUACCAAUCACGAUGGGGUAAAACUGUUCUUUUCACCGAGAGAUAAGAUCGAACUGUUCAUCGACGAGAAUAAGGCGUUAAUUCGCCGCAUGUUUGGAGAAUACAGCUAUUCGCUGGCUGAAAACUAUACUCCACCAUUCCCAAAUCAGUACGAAACUUACGAUGGCCACAUCCUUCAUACCCGAUCUGAGAGAGCUGCCACCCCUACAUCCGAAAGUACUUCUUCCAAUAAAAUUGACGCUUGUGAGUCAGCUGUAGAGAUACUAACACCGUACUGGGCUUCGAAUAGUGCCGGAAAAAUCCGCGCUGUUGUUAACACCCAACACCUUCAACAAGCUAUUCAGCAAGAGGUUUGCCAAUCAGAGCAGACGAAGAGGUGUGCGGACGGCUGUUCUUGUGAGCAGAAAUACAAAUGGCACCGAUUAUUAUCUUACGAUUCUGAUGACGAUUGUAAAGGAAUAUUUAUGGAUUGGUUUCUUUUUCCUUCUUGUUGUGUGUGUCGAUGCGAAAACCUUUCCAGCAAGUGAACCAACCGGAAUCCUGCUUUUAAAAAUCCAAAUGAGCUGUGUAAAAACGAAGAUUAAUAAUUCGUCAUUAUAAAGUAUUUCAACUUGGAGAGAAUGUUUGAAAAGUUCAAGAAAUGCAAUUUGAUUUAAUUUUCUCUCAAAUAUUCGUGUUCCAAGUUUCUAAUAAUUAACCGCACUAAAACAAAUAUUGUGUAAUAUCCGAUUUAUUGUAUCACUGAAAAACCAAGGUUUGACGUGCCAAGUUAUUCCGACUUUUUUAAUAGAUUUCCAGUAUGGGAAUCGUAAAAAUGACAACUUUUUUAUCGCCGAUGUAAAAAAAAGAAAAAAAAAGUGAAUGUUAUAUCAUUUAGCGAUUAUAAAUACAGAUAGAGUAACUUUUUAUAACAGAUUUUUGAGUUUCUUCUUGUAAUUCGUUUGUUGCAAUAAUGUAAAAUAUAUAAAAUAAAAAAUGUCAAUUCCAAAGUUAAAAUCUUUA